AUGGCGCAGGCCAGCAACGCUUCAACCGUCAGAUUCGACCUCACCUCCGACCCCGAGGUCGAGGCCAAGUCUGCUGCCACCGCCGUCGUCAGGGCACAGCGACGCCAGCCACCGGCCCCGAACCCCCUCAGCAUCGUUCCCGGCGACGAGUCCUUCAGGAUAGCCAGCAGGCUCGUAUCGCGGCUGACCGUCGGCGACGCCCGCUACGACGGUGCCUGCUUCGGCCCUUUCCUCCGCUUCCUCCCGCAGCGCAUAGGCGCCAACCGCGCGCUCGACGCCGCCGUCGACGCCUUCUGCGCCGCCCUGUCCACCAUCCACGCCGACACCGCGUCGCUGCAGGCCGUGGCGAAGCACGGUCGGGCGCUGGCCACGCUUCGCGCCUGCCUCGGCGAUCCCGCUUACGGCCGAGCUUCCGAGACCGUGUGCGCCAUAUACCUUGUCAUGAUCACAGAGGGUUUGAUCGGCGCCGAGACUGGCCGUCACGGCGAGGGCAUGUGCUACAUCCUUCAGGCGCAGGUGCAGCGUCAGUGGACGUCGCAGUUUGAGCUGGAAAUGUUUUCAGUCAUGUUCUUUUCCGUGCUCAUGGAAAGCAUCGGCAACAAACGCAUCAAGACGAACCCCUGGCUGCCCAUCCUCCUCGACCGCCUCGAGCCGAUGGAGCUCAUCAAGAAGCUCGAAGCCAAGAAGGAAGCCGCCGCAGCAGCAGGCGUAUACCCAUCUUUGUUCCUUCGCUCGCUGGCCCGCAUGACCGAUCUGAUCAUCAACCCAGCAGGGCGACAAUCCGAGAUAGAGACAAUGUACAAGUCCUUUCUCGACGAUCUUAGCAAGAUUCGAGGAUCCCUCGAUUCGAUGGAUGCACUCGCCACCCUGGCGGGCAUGUCCCUCAUCAUGAACCGCAUCCUGCAGGCCUUCGAGCCUCUCGACGUGGCCCUGAUAGAGGGGGAGACGGACCUGGUGGACGCCAUCAUCGCCAUGGGGGAGGAGGCCAUGCCGCGCAGACCGCUGGGGGCCGCGUACGCCCGCCCGGGCCUGUCGGUCGCCUGGGCCGCGGGUGGCGACCCGGGCAGGCGCGCCGUCGUGGCCGGCAUGCUGUCCCGCAUCAGAGGCACAUCGCCCGCCGGUGGAGUGUGGGACGGUAUGCGGGAGGCGAGGUGGCUCAGGGCCAAGUUUGCCGAGAUUGACGCCGUGAUCCUGGGUGAACCGGGGGAUGGUGCUGCUCCACAGGCAGACUGUCAUGUACAGUGA